AUGCUUGCUUCUAAAGCUCACGAACUCAUUAAAGAACUUGAUCGUUCUCGUGACACUGUUUUACCUCCUUACAAUGCUGAAACAAUUCGUUUUUGUCAACUAGAAGCAAAUGAAUUAUUUCGUCAAAAUUAUGAAGAUGUUCAAACAGUUGUACAAACUGGUACAGAUAGUAAUAGUAGUGCAAGUUCCGCACCAACUCUAAUGCCAACAAUAAGUAUUCGUCAUGCAGCUAUUCAACGUAUAAAACGUUGUUUACUUGCCUAUGCAUAUCAUCGAAUGAAUAAAAUCAAAUCACUUCGUUGGUCAAUUGGACCUGUUUUACCAGAACAUAUGAGAAAUAAUUUAUCAAUUGAUGAAAUAGAAUUUUUUUCAAAUUAUAAUCAAACAUUAUCAUCAUAUAUGCGUUCAAUUGGUAAUAAUCAUUCAUUAGAUUUAACAUCAUUUAUGAUUCCACCAAAAAAAUUAUUUGCACAUAUUAAAUGUAUACAAGAUUAUGGUCCUUAUGAAACAAGUGAUGGAACAAUUAUACAAUUAACAUUUAAUAGUGAACAUUAUGUAUUAACGUCAGAUGCUGAACAUUUAAUACAACGAAAAAUUGCUGAACAUAUUGUUUAA